AUGGCUCCUUCGUCAUCGCACGCACGCAAGUCAUCGGGGACAACCGAAUCUGUUGGAAGAGGUGCUGGAGGUCGCGUUUCCAAGAGAUCCGAUAACGCCUUCAUCCUCGAUUUACAGCAACGCGCUGCGUCAAAUCAGCCCAAUGGUGCCCCAACCGAAUAUGUCACGCCAGGUUCAUUGGACACAAACAUCAAUGUUGGCGGUCUGUCUGAUCAAGUAGAUGCACUGCCUCAUGUAUCUUCACCGGGUGGCAACAUCUCGGUAUCACUCCCUCCCGACGACUGUCGACUUGACAGUGGGAGCAGUACAAACAGUGGCAGCAGAGGGCUCGAUCCUAUUGCUUCCGCUCUCGUUAAUCCCUUAUCUGCGGGGCAGUCCAAGUUCAUGGCCUCAGCACAAGGUCGGGAAUUCUACCUUGGGACAUCGUCAAAUUGGUCUUUCACGCGUCGCGUCCUCAGUCUAACCCACGAAUACGUCCACUCAAGUCCAAUCGCCGCAGACAACCUCUUGUUUGAUGGAUUGGCCUAUGAUCUCGGAUGGAAUGGCUCUCGUAUCGCUCCUGUACCCGAACCCCCCGUCAUGCCCAGCCUCGACCAUGCCCUGUUCCUGGUCAACACUGUCAAGUUCCACUGCGGUCAAUUGUUUCACCUUUUCGACGACGAAACAUUCAUGGGAUACUUGCAUGAGUUUUAUAAUGAUCCAACAUCCCACAUAGAAGCUGCAGACCUCCGAUACGUCCACCUACUACUCAUCCUGGCCUUUGGUAAAGCCUUUGCAGAGAACAACAACUACCAGUCCAAAAGGCCGCCGGGUGCUGAUUACUUUGUGACUGCACUCAGGAUAUUACCCAGUAUCCAUAUCCUGGUUUACGAACCACUCAUAUCAACAGAGAUUCUUUGCUGUAUAGCACUGUACUUUGAGUCCCUCGACUACCGUCAUUCGUCACACGGCUUUAUUGGACAAGCAAUGAGAGUUGCGUUGGGUCAAGGCAUGCACACUGACAUGCCCGUAGAUCAACUGGGUGAACGCAUAGUCGAGCGAAGCCGAAGGAUAUGGUGGACUGUCUAUGUAUUAGACCGAGAGAUGACUUCUCUUAUGGGCCUACCGCAGUCUGUCCACGACGACGACAUUCAUCCAGCACUUCCACACUUCGAUGGUUCAACACAACGGGCGGCUGCUUUACACAUGCAAAUCCGGCUAUGUAGAAGUAUCGCAUCCGUCGGUAGAGGUGUAUAUGGAGCCAACGGCAGGCUUAACAAGAAAUUUCUGCUCAGCACUAAAAAGGUUCUUGAGAAUAUCGCUGGACUGGCAGAUGAGCUACAGCAACAAUUUCCGCUCGGCGUCGACAAAGCUAUCAACGGAGUUUCGAGAGUGGCAGGCUAUCUCCAUACUCUUUACCAUCAGUGUAUCGUCCUCGCAACAAGACCUUUGCUGCUAUGUUUUCUCAAGAUCCGCUUCGAAACACCAGAUGCCAUAACAGAAGCGCUCAACUCGUCCCAGACUGUCUGGAACUUGAUCAAGAUGUGUAUCGACUCUUCAUACCAGAUGAUCAACAUUCUUGGCUGUUUGCAAAGUCAAGGUCUGCUUGAAGCGUUUUUACCUUUCGAUCUGGAGUCUUUGUUCGUAUCAAGCUUCAACUUGCUUAUUGCACCAGUUCUUGACCCAAGAUUCUCUGAGCACGACGCGACCUUUCGUCACAAAACGUCCAUCAUUUUUAGUGAGAUGGUAAACAAGGGAAAUCUCAUCGCUGUGUUUCGUCGAUCGGAGCUGCAGCAGCUCGACGAUAUGCUCAGCAGUCUGUCACGCGAUCAUGAUGAUACCACGCCGAUACCGAUAGAUGGCCAAAUUAUUGGAGGUACGAUGCCGGAGGAAGGUGAUGGAGUUUUGUUGGACCCUAACGACGACAACGAGACUAUGGCAUCGCUAGGCCCAGGUAUGGAUGAUUUGGGCAUGGAUGCAUGGUUUACGACUGCGCAAAUGAUCGACAUGGCAAAUUCCAUCGCCAACAGUGAUACGGAGUGGGUUUCGCAUACGAUGAUGGAACACGAUAUCUGGUGA